AGACUUGAACUUGUGGAAAGAUAACAAUUCGUCCGUGAUACAAGUGAGACCGAGCGAAGCAUCGCUCGAUGAUAAAGAAUGUUGUGGUGCUUUGUCGGACAGACUGAUAAGCAUCGGUUUAUCUUUCUUGACGAAAUCACCUGAGAAUGGUCUCUACGUUCUUGGUAAAUUCGUUAUGAGAAAUAAGAAUCUCAUGGAUAUUACUGUGUUACGGUAUCAUCGCCAUUUACAAUAUAUUGACAUCGCUCAAAAUAACAUCUCGAGCUUAUCCGUUCUAAGCAGUCUGCCGUACUUGAUGUACUUGGAUGCGUCGCACAAUAAGAUCAAGUUCUCUUUAAGUUUCACGCCUCCUUGGUACCUCACUUAUGUUGAUCUGUCGUUCAAUAAUGUGACGGACAUUGGUAGCUUGAGUAAUUGCUGGAGCAUCGUCAAAUUAGAUCUGUCGCACAACAUGAUAGAGAAGAUUUGUGGCUUGGAGAAUUUGAAACACUUGCGGUACCUGAAUCUGUCCUAUAAUCUCAUCGAAUGUAUCGAAAACUUGGACAACCUGCAUAUACAGGAGUUACACUUACAAUGCAAUUGUAUAACGUCGUUUAAAUCAGCUGUACCGGGUCGUGGCGUGAACACAUUAUCUGAUUUACGAACGAUAAUCUUAGCACAUAACAGACUGUCGACCCUGCAAUUUUUUAAAGACGCGUACAGCUUGCACUGUGUGGAUUUAAAAUUCAACAAAAUCAACGAUCUGCUGGAAAUAUUGAAUCUGAAGGGCUCGAUACGCGAAGUAGACUUCAGAGGCAAUGCCUGUACGAAGUGGCCGAAUUAUCGAAAUGUGCUGAUAUCUUCCAUACCUAGUGUUAAAUUCAUUGAUGGCGUCGAAGUACUCGCAGCGGAAAAGGUAACAUCGGCCACGUUAUUCGCACCGCCGGCCGACUUGACCGCUGCACGUAACGUAGCGAAACUAAUGCUAUUGGAGCAAUUAAACAUCAGCAAGAUACACGCUCAUGUUCAACCUUACGACGAGAUCGCCCCGCCGUUGGUCAUAUUAACAGGCCCAUCGGCGGUGAAGAAAAUGGCAUUGGCCUUGCACGUGACUCGAAUGAUCCCAGACAAAGUGAGAUACUGCCGUUGGCACACCACGAAAGAGAUCUGCGAGGACGACGAGGAGAACGACACUUAUGUCCUCGUGGACAGAGAGAGGUUCAAUGACAUGGCUCGGUGCGGCGAAUUCCUGGUGAUUCUAGACCUGUUGGGUCACAGUUACGGAUUUCACACGGAUGAAAUCGUCCCGUUAAUAUCCGAAAAGAAAAUCGGCCUCACUCAGAUGAAUCUAUACGCGGCUACGGAGAUCUCUAGGCGAUAUCCGAACGUGAAGGCGACUCUCAUGCUCACACAGAGCAUGGAUCUCCAUCGCACCUGGGCGCAGGAGAAGUUCGACAUUUAUACGUGGAUCAAAGACAGCGUGGAAGAUCUGCUGGUCGUAAAGAUAGGCAAGCGUGCCGAUGAGAACGGAGUGGAAACCGCCAGUUGCAUAUUAGACUUCAUCGGGGAGAUUAUAGACGAGAUAAUAGAAUGCCUAGAACUGCCAAGUUAUAGCACUUAUAUAAGGCCGCAAGGGACCGGGGCGACAACAACCGACAUAAUACUCGAAAGUAAGACGAUGCUGCCGAAGGUUACAGUAGGAAGGAGCGAGUUUCUAUCAAAGGCGAAGAAACAUGUCAUAUACCAGAAAGAGAAUAACAAACAAUGCGUUAUCAAAUUAUUUGAACAGCUAUUAUCCGAAGGACAGCACGCGGGAGAAUUAAAAGUAUUACUGGACGAAGAAGCGACUAUUAUCAUCGACGACGAGGAGACGAAGCGAGAGUUACACAGAACGAGGAUGUUACAUCGUCGCAGCACGUUGGAAUGGUGGGACACUGUUUUGGAACGUGAGAAGGAAGAUGAUCUUAGUGAGUCGACGUCCAGUAAUGACGCGACGGAGACGGUAAGUAACAUAAAGAAGUCGCAGGUAGACGGUGGGAAGGCGAAAAUGUUAAAGGACAUGUACGUCGGGCUCGUUUUGAAAAGCAGGCAAUUAUAUUUGGACUAUCAUGAGAGUCACCCCGGCUUUUUCACUUUAGUGUUACUCAUGGAUGAUUACACAGAAGCUCUCGAUUCACUUCUUGAUUUUAUACAAGAGCUAUGCGCAAAUCAGUCUUAUAGGAAGCCGAUCUUCCUGUCAGAAAUAAACCAUUUCACGCAGAUUGCAAUUCCUGCCGCACUCGAGAAUAUCGUUAAUGAAACAAGAGAGUUUGUAUAUACUAUCAAAUUUUGAUGAAAUUUUUCAAGUUCUCAACUUCAACUUGAAGUUUUCUGCCCUAUCUUAAAUAAGUUAUGUGUAUACACCUCUGAUUCUCGUAGAAAUUUAUCGAUAUCAAAACGUCAGCAGAAAACGGUAUUUAAGA